UCUUCAUCUGCGUCAUCGGUGUCGCUGCUCUCCUUUGGCCAUCUGCUGCUUCCCAGGCCGCCGGCUGCAUCUGUCCGUGAACGCAGAGCCUCUCUCCCGCACACACCCGACCGGCCCGACUCAUGUCGCCCAAAAUGGACUCCAAGAACGUGGUCAGGGUCAACAUCUUCUGGGCAUACGAGCACCCAGGCGGGGGCGGUCCCUCCUCCUCCAACCAGCCGCCCAUAGAAUACGAUCUCAACCUCGAGCUCAAUGUCCAGACCAUCAUUAAGGAGGUUCACGGGCGGUUCAAAAGCAACGUUAGCCUCGAUAUGCUCUGCAUGAGGGUCCUCGACACGGAGCAUCUCGUUGGCGAAAAGGACAUGAGAAGCCUCAUCCAGAACGGUACCAAUCUCAAGAUCGUUGCUGCUCCGAAGGUCAUGGCUGCCAACAUGAUCAAGCAACUCGACUCGGACGAUGAGUUUGCUGUCAAGCGAACCCUGUUCCAGCUUCAGAAGCUACUCAAGGAGUCGACUUUCAUGGACGAAUUCAUCUCGCGAGACGGCCUCGAGCGGCUCCAGGAGUGGAUCAUCGCCAGCCAAGGCAACGCUCUUGCGUAUGCCCUGACCUCUCUCCUGAGUCUGAUGGAGCACAACCACGGCUGGGAUAACUUUGAUCUCAAAUUCAUCAGCACGCUCGUCUCGAUCAUCGUGAAGCAAAACAUGGUCAACAUCUGUCGGCCAGCCACAGCCAUCAUCAUCAAGCUCGUCAUCUCCGAUUCAACAUCCAAUACCAGCCGCGUCCACUCAUAUGGAUUCGACAUUGUGCACGAGGCUAUUCUGCUGCAGUCCGCCUUUCUUCCAACGCUUAUUCAGCGGCUCAAGGGCACCGAGUACCUGCUGCAGCUGAAUUCUAUGAAUCUGAUCAAUGCGCUGUUACGGCAUGCCACUCCGCCAUUCAAAACCGAGUUCUACAACACACUGGACUCGCUGGGCAUCCGCAAGGUCGUCAUCCACUUGAUGCAGCUGUCGCCGACCGAGGAGUUCCGCAAAUUGCUGCUGGAGUUCCAGAAGCUCAUCGUGAUGGAGGCCAACCGCCGCAAGAAGCUCACCGUCAUGUCCAAGACAACAGACCAUCUUCUUGAACAGCUCUGGUCUGCCUCGGGGCUUGUCGAGCGACCGGGAUACAAGUGGACCCAGCUUGGCUUCGAGACCGAGUUUCCCAAGAGGGAGCUUGCCCAGGUCGGUCUUCUUGGCGUCGAGCUUAUCCACAUUUACGCUGUCAAAAAUCACUCCGAGUACCGCACGUAUCUACCCUAUUCGCACUCGGCUCCAUCGUGUCCUUUUGCACGCAUGGCGAUCGAAGUCGCUGACAUCAUCGGAGGCAUCUGCGAUCUCGGCACGGGCUACACAACGGCGUCCAAGUGUCAGCCGCUGAUGCUGAUGUUUGAAGAAAUGUUUGCAGUCCUGAUCGACAUAUUCCAUCAGUUUUGGGACUCGGCCAUCGCCAACAGCUCCGGCUCCGAAGAGGCUGGCAGCGUUAUGCUCCGUGUAUCGAGCUUUGUGCGGGUGCACUUCCGCAAAGUCAUCCAAAACAUCGACUCGCCAGCGUCGAGCGAUGUCUUCAAGCGCUUCGUCGACGAGAUGCAGAGCGUGCAGUACUCUGAGGUCAAGGAGCGAUAUCUGAUUGACGACGAGCAAGAUCUGAUGUCACGAGCCCCAGUCAGCAUGCUGCGUGAGCGGCUCGACAAGGAAUCUCAGCUGCUGGUCAAGCAGCAGCGCAUCAACUGCAUGAUCCGGGGCGGCUGGUUCCACAACGUCAAGGACAAGGGCCUGAUGUCCUCGGCCACGAAUCCUUAUCGAUUCUAUGUCCUGGCUCCCCAUAUGCGGGACCUGUAUUACGGAGAUUUCCCAAACAACGGCGUGCGGCCGGAAUGGCACCAGCUGCCAGAAAAGGUCAACCUGACGCAGUCGUGGACCCUUGCGACUGGGGCUUCGUCUCCGGCAUUCAGCUCACGGAAGCUCUCGACCGUGGACCCCAAACGAUGCUUCUCGUUGGUCUCGGCAGUGGACGACUCACAGCCACCGGUCGACUUUGUCUGCAUGACUGACGUACAGAUCGGAGAAUGGACGGACGGCCUGAAGGUGAUCAUGAAUCACCUGAUUAUGGAGUUCAAAGAAACAAACGAGUACAUCAAGAUCCUGACCGAAGUUGGCGUCAAGAUUGCGCUGCUGGACAUCACCGGCGAAGACAUCAACAUCCCUGCCUCGGGUGUGCCUGCGGUGCCAGAGUAUCCGCAGAGUUGGGGCUUCUACUAUGACGAGGGUCUGCCGGAGGAGGGUAUCGACCCAGGCUCGAGCAUCAUCAGCGCUUCGGAACUCAGCCUUGGCCCAGGCAUCAUCAACCCUCCCACCAACGACCAGGAGGACGACUUUGACGAGGAGUGGUGGAACGAGCCUGAUCUGUACGGCCGCGACGAGCUGCUCAUCAACGACUAUCACAUUGGCCUUGGCGGCACCCUGCCACGGCGGUCCAAGUCGCCCGUGGCCUCGCACGCACGAUCUAAAUCGCCGGCAAGCGUGGGCUACGGUGCCGACUCUUUCCUGGGCCGCACUCUCAGCAUCGAGCGGCGCAGCGGAUCGUCAAUCCUCAAAGGGCCGCUGAUGGGGCGCUCGUCCUCGCCACGGCCUUCGGUCCAUCGCAGAGAAGGCAGCUUUGGCGGCAUGGUCGGGGCUACGAACCUCUUUUCGCUCGCGUCUCCUGGCGGAUCCUUCCACUACGGACUGCACUCGGCGAGUUCGCCGAGCCUCAAUAUCCCAGAUCGCGUCGACUCGGUGAUUCCUGGCGAUAGCCCCGCAAGACCAUCGCCGCAGCCGAGCCCAGGUGUCAUGAACCUGCUUUCGCAAACUGGAUUCUACGGCUCCAACUAGACCCCGAUUCCCGCGCCCCUCUUCUCGCGCGGAAGGAGGACGCCACUCAUUCGUUGUCGGCCCUUGCGACCUAUCUUUUCAAAUCGUUAUUUCCCUGGCUUUUGUUAUGCUGUUCGUUUCGUCUUUCUCCUGCUCGCCUCCUGUCAUGGGGUCAUGUAUGCCUUGGGUAGCUCACCCAGCAUGCUUCUUCGCGCGCU